AUGCACUGUAUUGCAAAAGAUAGUGCUGUUUUGAGGGGGGGUUGAAAGGUGGGAAGAGUCCAAAUGCCUUUACCUUUCAGGUUGCAGAGUUCUUGAAAUAAAAAGAAAUGGCAAUUUCUUUUCUCAGCGUAGUUGCAAAUAGAAAGGAAACCCACCACGCAGGCCUCGUUUGCUGCGUGUUAAAUGCGUGUGUUCUUUAAAAGGCAGUGGUUGGCUGCUUUUCCGGACAUGAUGUGGUUGAAGCUGUCAUCGUAAUGGAAAUUCAUUGCUGUAGCUAUGGUAAAUCGAGUUUUCUGCCUGUGCUGAAUGCAUUAGUCUAAUGAGAUGUUUGCAGCUGGAGAGCUGAGCUGCUGGAGACUUACACUAUGCUAAAAGACAGGGAGAAGAUGGCUUUUGCUGGGAUCUCUGUGACAGUGCUGAAAGUCCCCUGCCCUUUGGGUCCCAGUGUCUGGGCUCUCUAAAGACUCUGCUCAGUGUUUUAGCCUAAGCAAUAGGUGUUUUAAAGCUAACUUUCAGAGAGGACGGAGCACAGGGAUGCAAUGUGUGGGGGCACCUGGCUAACCCUGAUGGUCCCUCCUUAGCUCUCAAGCCCCUGCUGCCGUCCCAGCCUGCAGCCUACCGCUCGCUGACAGACGGUGAAGCCUAGCGUGGUUCAAUGAGCCACCUGCCAUGCCUGGACUCCAGCCUGGCCGUUGAGGAGAUGCAGUCCCCCAGAAUGGUGGGGAGGAAGAGAGGGCGGCCCCCGCUCCAAUCAGCGCCCAUCAAAAUGGCUGUUCACAACCUCUUCCCGGCACCGGCUGGGGCUUUGCCCAUUGUGAAGAUCCCAAAGAAGAGAGGGAGAAAACCUGGACACAAGCUGAAGUCUCGUGUCCUGAUGACUCCCUUAGCAGUCUCUCCGCCGAGAAGCACACCAGAGCCAGAUAUUAGUUCAAUCCCUCAGGAUGCAGCUACAAUACCCGACUCGGACACCCCGCAGUCUCUCACAGUCUGCAUUUAUGUCAACAAACAAGCGAAUCCGGGGCCGUACCUUGACAGAAAAAAGGUGCAGCAGCUGCCAGAGCGCUUUGGGCCAGAGCAGCCAUCGGUGGCCCUGCAGCACGCAGUGCAAGCCUGCAUCGACUGUGCGCUCCAGCAAAAGGUGGUCUUCUCCCUCAUCAGGCAGGGCUAUGGAGGAGAGAUGGUGUCAGUUUCAGCUUCUUUUGAGGGGAAGCAGCAUCUCCAGAGCCUACUGGUAGUGAACAGCAUUGGAUAUGUCCUGCGCUUCCUGAAGAAGCUGUGUCGCAGCCUCUUGUGCGACAAUCUCUUCAGCAACCAGCCUUUCCAGCAGUACAACGCUGUGAUGGAAAGCCCGGAGGUGUAUGAAAACAGACAGGUGGAGGCAGAAACAGUUAUACCUGAGGACUACCUGGUUGAUCCUGCAAACGGGAAGCAAUACGGCCUGGAUCCUGCCAAUGCUGCCUUCAGUUGCAUGGGUUCCAUGUGCACUGUGCGUCAGAGUCCUGCAGAUGGACAUCCUGCUGGAGGCUCCUCUUCCUCCUGUAGCCAUCAUCCUGCUCAAAUGUCUUCAGGGGGGUCCUCAUCUACUGGCUUGCGGCAUCAGAAUUCCAGCCCAACAAGGACUGGGGCCUGUCUUGAAGGAAAUAGAAGUGCCUCGAGUCCUUCACCAGAACAACAAGAUGCAGCUCGACCAUCAAGCAAGAAUCCUUUGACCUGGACGGUGGAUGAUGUGGUUUGGUUUGUGAAGGAUGCAGACCCCCACGCUUUAGGUCCCCACGUGGAGCUCUUCAGAAAACACGAGAUUGAUGGCAAUGCUUUGUUACUUCUGAAAAGCGACAUGAUCAUGAAAUACCUAGGGCUGAAACUGGGACCUGCGCUGAAACUGUGUUACCACAUUGAUAAGCUCAAGCAAGCCAAGUUCUAACAAUUUCUUGAACAACAGAAUCUGAGCUAAAUCUAGAUGGAAAACUAAAGGUAACAUAUUGCCUUACAGAAAUGCAUUCAUUUGCAGAUUGCUUUUCCCUUUUUUUUAACGAAGACUUGGUCUUUUUUAACAUUUGUGCAUUGUCACCUGUUUUUAAUCCAGUGGGAUCUUUUGUGCUGCUUUGUGUUAAUAAUAUGCCAAAAAUUAUAUAAUUACAAUAAUUAUUUUGUAUCAUCAAUAUUAUUAUGAUUAUAGUAAGUCCUAUUUUUGUAAUCAGAAGUGGAAAAUCAAAACCAAACGUAGUUACAGCAUAUGCUGAGGACUGCCAAAAGACAAAUGAAAUGUUCCUCACUUGCCAUAGUUCCACCUCGGAGGAGUAACCGCUGACCUGCAUCGGCUGGGCACCAGCUACACUGUCCUUGCUCGAGGACUGAAAAAGUGCAGCAUUUGGUCACCUACUGUCUGAUGGGAGCUGUCUUGCACUAUCUGGAAAGCUUGAAUUAUUCACUUUAAAAAAAAAAAUUAAAAAAUUUAAAAAAAAAUAAAAAGAGAAAAAAGACAGAAAAGAGAGUUUAAAAAAAAAUUAAGAAAGAAAGAAAAUAGCGGGGGAAAGGGUUUUUUCCCAGCUAGGGUAUUUUUCCCCGCUAGAGGGAGCAGCCCUAACAAACUUGUGGCUGGAGCUAUGACGCCGUUCUACCUGAUGAGCUUUGACCACCAUGACUCUCAAAGCGAGCACAUCCGUAAGUACCGCCAAGGAGUCACAGACUCCCAGCAGGAUAAGCGCGUUACCAUUUACAGAUAAUUAAUUCAAGAAAAGCCCAAAUGCAGAGAGUGUUUCUGACAGGAUGUUUCCCGUUACACCAAACAGGGGGUGGACAGCUCCCACAGUGUCUGGCAUGCACAGCUGUCAGCUCCCUUUCCCGAGCCGUUACAAUCUGGCACACAGUUUGUGGCACUCUAAGAAAAAAAUUCUGGGCAGCAUUUCUGGGUUUUCGUUUGCACCGUGAAAAAGAGAGGGAGCCGGGUGGGAGUGUUCCUCAUGAGGACCUGAGCACAUCUCUGCAUUUUGCAAUAAUGGUCAGGUCCAGCACAGAUGCUGUAGGGUUGGUUUCUGAUUGCACCGUGGUUUUCAGUACACAGAUAGAUGUGCUGGACUUUAUGUCUCAAGUGAAUUAAAAAUUCACUUCUGCCUCUUACACAAAUCUAAAAGGUGCCCAUUGAUACUCCAUGUAGUCAGGGGAGGAUUACUUCCUCAAGCUGAGGAAGUAACCUGUGGAAUGGGUAUGUUCUUGUUUUCAUCUAAAAGAAAGACUACAAGGGGACACGUCCAUAUAGUUUAAACCCUUAGUGCAUGACAAGGACAGGCAGCAAGCAUUUUUAAGUCAUGCAGGUGAUUUUAGAGCUAGUUGGCUCAGCUGACUUGAGAAAUGAGGUCCUGAUAAUACACAAGACAUCAUGCUAUUCAACCCUGUUUAUGUAGAAAAGAAUGUUACCAAAAAUACAUCUUAGAAUAAAAUUCAACUUGAUGCAUGUUGCUAGUCUAGAACUCCUACCCAUUCAAGGCCUAAUCCUGAAAAUCCCUAAAAAUAGGAGAAACCACAUCCUAUAAGACUUUCACUAAAUUCUUGGGGACUACUCCCCCAAAUUAAAGAAUUUGUCAUAAAUUCGCAGGAUUGUAUCUUUACAGGACUGAUCAGCUUUCAGCAAAUCCUGUCUGCAUGCCAAAACACUCUUAAUAGGAAUAGCUGAACAAUUGUGUUAAUUGAAAAGUCAUAUACUGUUGAGUUAUGUAAUAUAUGGAACCCUAAAUGUGCCAAUGAUUGGAACACAACACUCAUCCAACACAACAUCAUUUUGUGUUUGUGGUAUAAAGAAUGCAAAUUCAGUCAGCUAUCUGGUUGAGGCAGAGGUGACUUUUCUUCAACAUCAAACUUUUACAGUUGAUUCUUCACUCUUACAGUUUUUAAAUAAAUUGGGAGGUUUCCCAAAAAGAUUCCCAAAAUAUGUAAAAAUCUUGCUGUAUUAGUAAUAUCACCUUCAGAGAGUCCUCAGACAAUCUUUUCUUUUUAUUUCCCCACAAUUUUGAACUUAGUUAACCUCUGUGCUUUUUCAAAAGGUGAUUUUAAUUCUUCCACUUUAAACCCCAUCUUGCUGUAAUAUAUCAAUAGUCAGGGCUGGUUAGACUUUAUCAGAUGGCUUCAGUGCUGGAAAAUCCCACUUUGUCAAAAUCAAAACUCUUCAUAAAAGCAUGUCACUUUCUAACAUUAAAUUCUAUUUAACUGAAACUACAGCUUUCAGUAAUGUCAAAACAUCAUUUUGACAUUUUGGAAGUAGAACAUUUGUGCUCGAAGAAGAUUUUUGCAUUUUUUUGUCUUUUCCUGGAGAAUCUGUAGCCUCACAUUUCAUUCUGAGAGCGGGAAAAAAAAGCCACCCCAGAACCAGGCUUCUGUGAAUAAGAAUCCUUCCUGUUCUGUGUCUCACCCCUUCCUUCCAUCCCCCCUCCCACCUCCAGACAUUACAGCCAAGAGGGCUGAUAAUACCAAUGCAGUGUUAAUAGACUCCGUGGUGGUAAUGAUGUUCAUACAUAUGAUUCAAUAUGCUGAAAUAGUUUUCAUGUAUGUAUCUGAUGUGUACAGUCAGUGGUGCUAUCUCAUUUGAUAUGACACGUCAGGACUGCCCAGGCCAUGAGAUUUAAUGUUCUGUUUUUCACAGGGGAGGCAGUAAGAGGAUUCAUUUUACAUGUAAGUAAUGCUUGUAACAAGAAUUCCUCUUUGUAUGGUGGUUUGGGUUUUUGGCUUUUUUUUCACUGAGAGGCAAUUAGGAGACACACAUUACUGCAGUAAUAUUGCAGUUGUAAAUAAUUUUUCUCUUUCAAGUCUUAUUAGUGAAGGUAGUUAAGCAGCUCUGCUGUGCUGAGGGUGUCAGGCCUUUUCCUCAGAACAGGCGCUGAAGAACCAGAACAUGCAUGUCAGCUGCUUCUCCAUUGACUGCUGCUCUAGACAUCACUUGUACAAAUUACUUCACUUGCUAUUCUUUUCCAGCUCUUGCUUCAGGCUGUAGCCAACCCAGUUGUUCCCAACAGGUGGGUGGAUGUGUGAUACCUUUAAAAGCAACACAUGUGCCUCUUUUUUACUUCUAAGCACUCAUAGCUGGAUCAAAAGACACUUUGGUUGCUUCAGGCAGCUUCAAUUGUUUGUGAACAUUCACUGUUUUUUAAAAAAAAGAAGCAAGCAGGCAAAGUCCAAGGAUUUGGGGACCACUUCUCCCUUGCUGAAAUGACAGUUAUGAGGUGUUGGGAGCACAGAGACAGUCCUCCCUGGCAGACCAUCUUCUUGCAUCUAGCAUGGCUGACCAGCUCAGCAUCAGCUGCCAACACAGGCCACCCACAUUGCUUUCCCAUCCACCUGACAUCACAGUCUCUUCUCUUGCACCAGAAAAUGCCUCCUUUCCUAGCCAGACCUAAUUGAGUUUCAAGAAAUGCCUCUGGGAAUACCUCCACUUCUCAGAGCCCACUGUCUUGCUUGGCAGGCUGAGGAGUGCAGUAGCCUUUGCAGCAUUAGCAGCUUCGCACAGUGUGAUUAACGCAGGCAGGCACCCUUGGGACUGGCAGGUAAAGCAUCACCCUGGGCUGUUAUUACCCUUAAUGAUUGCUGAAUUUCUAUAGGUUGUCAGCAGUCUUCAUGAGUUACACUUCCUUCCUUCUUAAAGAAUGGAUGGCUGCAAGAGAUUAAAUAGAGCAUUAUUAGCAAAACCAGCAAUUAGCAAAACAACAAGAAAAUGGCUGAUGAAGUUUCUGUGUUGGAUCAGCAACAGGAGCACACACCAUCCUCCAAAGCCCAGCCAUGACUGCAGCAGUUAUGGUGGCCUUUCCUCUUGCCCUGGCACAGCCACCCCGUGGUCCCUUCCUGCCCAUGGGACGCAGCACCCUCCCAUCCCUCGCUGUGCAGUCUGGGGGCUGCGCAAGCUCAGGGAGGAAUCUGUCGGCUCUUACCUCCCCAAAACAUACCCCAAAUCUUCAGUUAAUUAGUUAGUGCCUUCUCUCUCUUUUCAUUUGAAUGGUUUCUAUCUGAAAAAAGACAACAGGAGGGUGAUUCCCCAGGUCCUUCCAGGACUGACCCCUCAGCUCACCACGUGAAGGAGCAUCUCCAGGGUCAGACAUCCACCCGAGUACAACUGGUCCUCUGUUGGCACAGGAGAGGGAGGCACGAAUAAAAUGCUCCCUUUUAAUUAAUUAAAAUUAAAUGCUUUUCAGGCACUUCCCCUCUCUGAAAUGCAGCCUCCCUCCCCAGAGCCAGUUGGUUGGCUCUUCCCCAAGCAUCAAGGAGGGAGGCAGAGAAGGUGCCCAAAAGGACUGCCUGCUGCUGGUUCAUUCCAGCAAGGCAGCAGGUAUGGAAGGACCAAAACCAGCUGCUACCCUGGUUUGAAACUGGUUUUGCUGGAAAGAGGUCUUGUGCCCUGGGCUUUGGUCUGAGGGGUUUUGCUGUCCCAAAUUCAAACACCUUUGUCAGAGAAAGCAGGCAAGUUCUUGCACACACUGCCUCUUAUACCUUGCAGUAUUUGCAUGCUGUUCUCCAAUCCGUGCUCCCUUCACGGGCAGUUGGAAAUCGAUUCCCUUGGAAAUCUAGAAUUUUGCUCAAAAAAAAAUCACUUUUAUUCACUGCCAGGAGUUAAACAUUAUGGAAACAUGUCUGCUAACAAUUUGUUUUGCGUAAUUUGUACUAAUGCUAAUAAGCAACAGCUGCAGCACUUCCUGUUGUAAAUUCUUUUGUGGUUGCAGUGGAAUUAUCACAUCUGUACUUCACAAAUCUGAUAGAUUCGAGCACAGCUCUCUCAUUCUGGCCCCAGCUCCAGCAAAUCCCCAUGCCUCAGAAGUACGGCUACACAAACAAGUAUUUAUAAUCUCUGUCUCCCUUUGCUCCCAAAGCCUCCAGUCCUCACAAGUACCUGGAGCAAGAGGGAUUGGAGGAGUGGAGGAAAGGAAGAGAUGUGGUAGCCUGGGGGUCAGCCAGUGCAUAUAUAGUGUGGUUGAAGUGGAUUGUUUUCAGCAGAGACAUCACUGACCAGCCAGGUUUAUUGCAGUUCAAGCAGACAGGUUUUGGUCAAAGGUUAAGUACAGGAGAAAAGUGAUUUAUUAAAGAAAAAGAAAGAAAUAUGGGUGUGCAAUAUACUACCACCGUAAGACUUAAGCAGAAACCCAAGAAUCUUUCAACUGUAAUCUAAAGAAAAAUGUUUCCCUCACUCAAGAUGCUAAAUAAAGCAUAUUAGGCCAAACCCAGAUCCCACUGAGGUCCACAUAAGUUAUUCUAUUGAAUUCAUAAGACUGGGGCUUGGCUCAUAAAACAGGUCAAGCUUCAGCCAUGUCCCAUAGUAACUAGAGCCUAACAAGGUAUUUCAUCCUCCCUUACAAAGGAUGGAGACAGCCUCCGCUGGCCAGCCCACUCUCCCCUGCUCCCGGGAGAGCUGCUAGCUUCCUGGUAGAGAGUUCUUCCAGCUGCACCUCUACCUGAUCCCAACACCUUCUCCAGUUAGCUUUGCAUUUUAGCUAAGAGCUUCAUAGAGGGUGGUUUGAGUUUUCCGCGUUGGAGCAAACCAAAGCUUGUGCCCCGAGGAUUUCAGCCGUGCCACUAGGCAGAAACUUGCCCUGAUUUGAACAUGACUUCACCGGGAGAUUUCCACACAUUCCUGAGGCAAAGCCUGAGGUGGGAUUUAAAAAUAAAACUUUUCAAAAUGAGUCUCAGUGACCCACAAUUUUUGGCUCCUUCAGCAUCCAAGGCACUUCAUCACACUUCAAACAGUUGAGUCUCUUGGUAGUGCCAUAAUCUGACAGGGCUUCAGAAGAGACUCCAUCUCUGACUACAGAGUCUUGCUCCUAUUGGUCUAUGGGCAGCUGCCAAAAAGAAGCAUUUGAGGCCGGACAGGAGAAUGAGUGUGUGUAUGUUGCUCAGAGAGGCUUGUCUGGCUGCACAGACAGGCUGUGAAGUGAGUGAAAUAAUAGCAUGGUAAAGCAGCUAGGAAGGAUGUCCUUCAAAAAUGGGAAAGUCCCAGGCUUCACUGGAGCUCCACAGAGUUUGUGCCCUGUCGCCAGGUCUGUAUUGAACUUGCUCUGCAUAGCACAGUACGUGUUUAUUACCCAUAGUCUUCCAUUAGUGCUAUAUAAAACUGAGAUCAUGCUGCCCUUUUUGAACAUAAAAUACAUGCAACCAACUUCAUAUUGUCAGAUAUCUACAAAAGAGUGGUGAAUGGGAAAAACCUGUGUACAGGAAUGAGGACAUUUCGGAGUGGAGCAGUUUCACAGCUUUCAGCAUCUUUCAGUUGCAACACAGAAGGAGAGAAAAAGAACUUCUGAAUUGCAGUGAAUCCAAGCCAGUGAAAGAACAGUGAUUAAUUUUAUCCGUCACUUUGAUGGUUUCCUGAUGUGUUUUAUGUCCCUGUAUUUGCUGUAGUGGCAGUAUGGUGAAUUGAUCCACAUGUACAGGUUCCACUGUCUCUAAAAACUGUCUGUCUUCUUCAUGGCUUUUCUAAUAUGCUGUAGCAUCCAGAAAGCUUCUGAUCAGCUUGGUAAGAGUGAGUAUUUAAAGAAAAACAUAUUUUCAUUUAUUUUCUUUUUUUUUUCUUGUGACACAAAAACUUUAGAAAGCAGCUGUAGCCACAGCUGUGUAGCAGGUCAACAUACACCAGCUUUUCAUUUUAUGCCUCUCAGAAACUUUGUAGUAAAAAAUCUGUUGCUUACGCAGUCUAUAUGCUUACAAGAAACCAACCGAAAUUCCAGUCUUCCACUGACCUUGUAAAUGGUAUAGUAGAAUUAUUUACUCUGUAAAUUUAGUAGAGUUAUUCUGAUUUUUUACUAGUGUAAAUAAGAUCAGUAUCUCAUUUAAUAGAUCUCUCCUCUGACAAUACUAGGAGUUUAAAUGCAAGCUGUUCUGGCUGCUGUUAUCAAAACUCACUAUCAGUAUUUGUGUCACAACGACGUGUAGGGAUCGUGUCUAGUGCUGUGCAGUCAUACUAUGAGACGCUCAGCCUGCCUUAGAGAGCUGGCAGCUUGAUAAGGCAAAAGAGACAACCUAAGGAGAAGAGUUUCCUAGAGGCAAUUUUCCCUCCCUAUUGCAGACAAAUGCUGAAAACAGACAGAAGUCAAUGGCAUGAAUUUCCCACAGUCAUGUGAGUGGAAAAUAGCAGAACACUGAGAAAAAUGAAGGAAAACUUCAAUGAAGGUGAACAGUAUUGCCCCCUUCUGUUAAACCUCCACUGUUAAACCUGACCAUUGGUGAAGCCAGGAGCCUGAACCGAGACCUUCUGGUCAAAUCUAGUGCCUUACCCAUAAGACCAUCUGCUCUCCUGUAUUCCAGCUUUUCUCUGUGCUGUCCGCAUCUGACUUACUCCUCACACAGCCCUUACUUGCAUCUACCUUAUGCACCUGAAAAAUAGCACCCAAAUGGGCCUUUUAAGGUCAAUUAGUCCUUCACCCUGCCCUCACUCUUCUCUGUCUCAGUCUUCCUCUGCUAUCUAGUCUUUUCCCUGGAACUUCCUAUCCCUUUCCAUUCCUAUCCUCCCACUGUAGUUACUUCCAUUUUUUGUCCUCUGUUCCAUUCUUGCAGCAUUGCUUCCUUUCCUUCCUUUCCAUCUUUCAGUAAACAUGGACAUCACCUUUGCCCCUGCUGCAACUCCCUCUCUACCUUUUGGCUUUUCUCUGCUCUUUCAUUUCCCUUCUCUCUAGUUUUCUGCAACACUUUCUAUUCUUUCAAUCAAGUGCCCUUCACAGGCAAGUCUUGUACCUGUUCUGCUGUGACAAAGACUACCAUUCACUGACAUCUUUAAAUAAGGUUGUCUGUAUAUUUUUGACAUAUUUUUUAUCUCACACAAAAACCCUUCCACUGCCUUCAUUCACCAGCAUGAAAGGCACUUUUUGAGGAUGGUUUUUAACUAGUUCACUGAUUACUAUUUGCAAUAAAUACCUCAUUAAAGGCUCAGCACUUUUAUGCAGGGUGAGUGCAGUUUCCCCCUCUAGCUUCCAUCUUUGCCUGAGCUGCCUAUUGAUAUUCAAGCUGCUUAAAUGCUCCUUGUUUUGAACAGUCUCAGUUACACCGCUCACUGGGAUGAAUCCUUGGCUCCCACCCUGUUGCUGAUGGCCACAUGGACCAGGCUUGGACCUGUGAAUGGCACACCAUUAGGCAGGUGUGGGCAUCGAUGUGUGCUGAGCACAGAGCCACCAACAUUGCUUCCUCAGGCCUGGAGAAGGUCCAGCCUGCUUUCAGCCAGCAUCAGAAAGUUGGUUGGAAAGAAGAGGUGCCAUUGUCAAUGAUAAGGGCAACAGAAGGUAGGAAAGAGCCAUUAAGCUGGAAGAAGAAAGAGAAGUGGUGUUGGCCAGCUGGAAGGUGGUGGUGGGAUAAACAAAAGCAGCAGUGAGGGAAGGCCAUGCUUGUAAACCUACAUUAAGAAUGUGAGAAAAUCUAUGUGGCAACUGGCACUUCAAUAUAUACAGCCUCAUCCUUCAUACUGAAAUACACGCAAUAACGCAGGGCAGAUUCACACAUGGAUGCACAAGCGUGAGUUUAGAGUAAUGACUGUAGCUUCUGUAGGGCUCCUGCAUACUUCUACCAGUGGGAAUGAGAUCAGAUAUUGGCUCUGGGUCUCUGUUUCCAAACAGUGCAAAGGAUGAGAGCAGAACAGUUUCUAUCCAGCUGGAAAGUGGCAGCCUUAAAUCAGGCCACAAAAUAGAUCAACUCCUGCUUACACUUUUUUUUUUUUUUCAAAUGCUGCACUGAACUCUCUUCCAACUCCUAACCAUUAGCUUCCAAGGCUAGUGAAGCAUUUACAGGGAUUUUUUGAUGUAUGUGCAGCUAUCAGUUUUUGUGUUGCUAAUUGGGCUCAAAGUGUGUUAGCUUUGAUUUUUAAUGUUCUGUGAUUUGCUAGAUAAGCCUCAGUUUCUGUAGCAGCUAUAUAAGUGGGCUGCUUUCAUCACAUCUUGGAGAUAUUUUGCAACAUUGGACUUUUUAUAUAUCUACUAACCUUGAAAGGUGAAUGACAUCUCUUUCUCAGUACUGUACAACCCUAGGAAUAGAUAUUUUGUGACAGACAUCAGAUAUCAAGCGACUAUGUAACUAUUUUAAUUUUUUCAAGCAUAUACAAAAUCUGCUAGAGAGAAUAAAACCUGAAUAUACAAGCAAUUUGGUUACAAUCAAGAUUCAAACUCACACUGUCUUGCAUUCUGUCACCCCAAAAUUUAUUACAGCCUAUACCACUUACUACAGAUAGACAUAACAUCUCCACAGCUCAUAUAAUUAGAAAAACAGGUGUGGCUGCUGUCAUCCAAAUCCCAAAGGAGACAACAGGACCCUGUCCAGCACAUGGCAUAGGCUUCUCCUCGGUGACUGCUCUCAAAACAGAGAAAUCAGUUCACGUACAAUAGCUCACCAGGCAUCCUUCACCUGCCAGUGUGUAUAUUAUACAUAGAAUGUAAAUAAUGAGAUUUCCUAUAUAAUAAAAAUGUGCUGUCAUGAUAAGAUUAUGGGCUUGAAUGAUGCUGACUUGACUCAUCAAACUAUUCUAUGAUUCUGCUCUGUGGUUCUAUGAAUUGAUGCGAUGUGUAGGUAAGGCUGAUGUCUUUUGAAAGUCUUUAGCUCAGACUCUCCCACCUCUUUUCAUUGUUCAGUUUGAUUUUACUCAAGUUGGCACUGCCACACUGUUGUCACCAGGCUCCUACUCUAUUCUUGAUGGCAAAAGGUGGCAGGGUUUAUUUAUUUAUUUAUACAGGCAGUAUAACAUUGCUAGCAGCAGCCCCAUGGAUUAUGAUGUAAAUGAUGCUGCCUGAGUGCCUCCUUGGAAAGAAAAGACCAUGGCAGCUCCCUCGGUGCACCCACCACUGCCCCCAAAGGUGAUGAUGCCCUAUCCCCAGUGCACAGCACCACCCAGCUUUACAGUGUUUGAUUGUGCCCUGCUGUGUAAACCUUCCUCAGCUGCUUCUUUCCUGAUGCUGAUAUAAAUCUAGACCAUCCCCACCAGUGUCAGAGCAAGGAUUCCGAUGUCAUGCUCACUGGUGAACAAUCAGGAUUUCUGUAUUCAUCUUUUACAUAUCUUUUCCUUGGCACUGGGUUUUUUUGGUUGGUUGGUUGGUUUUUUUGUUUGUUUGUUUUUUUCUUUCUUUCUUUCAAUGAGAGAGGAACAAGAUACAUCUUACCCUGUGAGCAGUUUCAAGGUCCCCAUGCAGCAAUGCAGUUCUGUGCCAGUCGAUGCCAAGCCUGCACAUUUGUAUCACUGCCAUGAGCCUUGAGCUUUGUCUCAAGUUGAAUGCUCAACAUGCUGAAUCUAGGUGAUUUCUAAUUCUGGUAAGCCUAAUGUUCAUUCUGCUGUCCACUCAUUUUCUAUUAUUGUCAGGAGAUGAUAAACAAUUUGGGUUGCUUUGAUGUCUACAUAGGUUUAGAUGACUAUAACUUUUCUCAAUUUUUGAUCAAGAAUUCUUACUAAAGAUGACAUACAGGAUAUAUUAUUAAUUAUGCCAGGAUUACCAUAUGAUGCUAACAAUAAUUGGGGAAAUGACAUCUGUCCCUUAGUUCUACUUAUUGGAAAAGCAAUGCAAACCCUUUUAUACUUUGCUGUUUCUUAGCUAUCAAAACCUCCCCUAAUAAACCAUCUCUAACAGUGAACAUUGCGUUACAUUGAAUAGUUUUGUAUUCACUUUGCAAAUAUGCAAACCAGGGAGAGCUGAGGUAAAAUGAACGUGGAACUUACGGGUGGGAAUAGCAUGUGAAUAAAAUGUCUGGAGUCCCAGGAGUGGCACAAUUAUGACAAACAGCAUAUUAGCAUUGCUCUCACCCUGCCUCAAAGGGUUUUAUUGAAGUGAUUUGUCUUCAGCUGUGGAGGUGUGUGCCUUUCUGCGUGUAUGUACUCACUGGUAUGAUGUAUGUACACAGACAUGCACCUGCCCACCACAUGUACACCUCAUACAUAUUCAUGCAUCCAAGCAAAAUAAUAACUGUCAAUUUAGCAUGUUCUAUAUGGGUGGGUCCAAAAUAUUCAUUCUUCAUGUGUACAGUGUUUCAAUACAUAUGCAACCAUUUACCAAAUAUAGUGUCAAACUGUGAUUCCUUUUUUAUUUCUUCAGCCAUCGUUCUUUAUUAACUGCAACUUAUUCCUUCCAGUUGUUUCUCUGUCACUAUUUAGAGGCAUGUUCUAAUGUAUAGCUGUAUAUUGCCUGUUCUGUGUGCUAUAUGCUACUGUUUAAAUAUUAAUUAAGCUGAGUAAUACUGAUCUAAACGUUCUUAAUUUUGUACAACAGACUUUUGCUUGGGUUUCACAAUUUGAUGCAGUAUGUUUAAGACUGUAGUAUGGAAGGGGACCGUCUGUGAUAAAAUAAAAAGGUCUCAAACCUUCAGAUUUAUGUUUCAUAGAAAAAGCCAGUACUUUCUUUUACUAUUGCAAAAUUAUUUCUGUAUUUUUUAAUAAAGGAUUGGAUUUAUUUGGUUCUAUGUAUGUUUUAUCUAAUAAACCUUAUUUUUUAAAUAAGAA